AUGGAACUAAAAGAGGGUGUAGUAAACGUGAAUGGAAAGAACUAUGAAAAGACUACACACAAACUUCUGCUGGUUAGGGGAGGUGACGAAUUGAUAUUUGGAUCAGCUAUCUAUACUUUUUACCUACAAACUGCAAGGAGCGUAAGUGCUAAUUUCCCUUUCUUUUUAAGUGAUACUACAAAGAGUCUAAUUAUUGCAUCGACUCGCAUCCACCUUGAUGCCAACUUCAAAGAAAUCAGAAAAUCUGCUCCUAUGUUUACAUCAGAGUCACAAAGGAUCAUACUGUCAGGCCCUGCUGAAAUUUAUCAGGAAGCUUUGUCCAAGGCUAUUGCCAAGCACUUUGAUGCCAGACUACUAAUUGUAGAUUUACUUUCAUUUUCUGCUGGAACUGCUUUAAAGGAAGCCCCUUCUUCUAAAAGAAUUUCAAAGCCUAAAAUAGUAAUAGGUUGUAGAGUAUCAUAUUGGGGUGGCAACAAUCCUGGGGAACCAAUGGAUGGCUCUAAGGGCAUAAUUCUCAUAUCUUUUCAAGAUAAUGAGUUUGCCAAAAUUGGUGUGAAAUUUGAGAAACCGUUUAAAAGAGGAAUUGACCUUGGAGGUCUGUGCGAAGUCGGUUAUGGUUAUUUUUGUCGUGCUGUAGUGUUGAGCAUGAUUGAAACUCCACGUGAAGGGGAUGAUUUUCACAAAAAAAUCUUGAACAGAAUAUUUGAGUUUGCUUUCGAUCAAGGUGAAAAAGGUUCCCUUGUUGUCCUUGUUCAAAACAUAGAGAAGGCUGUGGUGGGAGAAUGUCGUGUUUUGAAAAAUGCAAUUGAAAGAUUGCCCCCUAAUAUUGUGAUAAUGGCUUCCCACACCCAACUUUUUGAAGAGAAGCCUAGUAAAAAACAAGGGGAUUCAAAUUUGCUUUUAACUCAGGAGAAACCGAGUAGACAGCCUGAAGGAAGCAAUAAUUCCACUUCAUUUAUGAAUCAAAUUGGCGGUCUUUUCCCCAUUAAGUUGAUAAUACAGCUUCCUAAGGAUCAUUUGUCACUAUCUCGUUGGAAGGAGCAGUUGGAGCAUCAUGUUCAAAGUGCAAAUGCGUUAAAUGCUGUUAUCAUUCGCUCAGUUAUAGACGAAAAUGCUAUGGAUUGCCUAGACUUCAAGACUCUUUGUUUUAACGAUCAAGCACUAACCCGAGAGAACGCACACAAAAUUAUUAGUUGGGCUUUAAGUUACCCCGAAAAGAACUUAAAUAAUUCAGUAAAGGAUGUUUUUCUUGACGGUGAGUUUGAGGAGAAGUUGAUGGCGGAUGUUAUUUCUCCGAGUGAUAUUGGAAUCACUUUUAACGAUAUUGGAGCGUUACAAAGUGUGAAAGAUACACUAAGGGAAUUGAUCAUGCUUCCUCUUCAGAGGCCGGAGUUGUUCAGCAAAGGGCAACUUGCUAAGCCGUGCAAGGGAAUAUUACUUUUUGGUCCUCCUGGCACCGGGAAAACAAUGCUAGCAAAGGCGGUAGCAACUGAAGCUGGGGCAAAUUUUCUCAAUAUUUCAUUGUCCACCAUUACUUCCAAGUGGUUUGGUGAAGCUGAGAAAUAUGUUAAAGCAAUAUUUUCUUUAGCUCACAAAAUUGCACCAACCGUUAUUUUUGUUGAUGAGGCUCGCCUCGGAUUUCCUUAUACAUGGAGGCUGUAUGAUAUUUAUCCUUCUGCAUAG